UCCACCCGGAAGGCUGGCCGGUGGUACUGGGGCACUCGGAGCUGAAUUCGUCACGCCAUUGUACAAAUUCGUUUCUUUCACAGACUUUCGAAACUUAUAGCUAGGCUUCCUAGCGAGGUUAUCUGGUUGCACCGAAGCGAAAGCAGUUUUGGUGGAGAAAUUGAAGCAUUGGCACACGGAGAACAGCUGGCAUCAUGGCUACAGACUCUUGGGCCCUGGCGGUGGACGAGCAGGAAGCCGCGGCGGAAUCAAUUGGAACCCUUCAAAUCAACGACAAGCCAGAAGAAAAUGGCACCUCAACAACAGAGACCUCAACGGAAGCAAGCAGCGCUGCGAAGCCAGACAGAGCCGAAGGAGACAAGACGGAGGAGGAUGAUAAAGAUGACAAGGCAGCACAGUCGUUGUUGAAUAAGUUGAUACGCAGUAAUCUGGUCAACACAACCAAUCAGGUGGAAGUGCUGCAGAGGGAUCCUAAUUCUCCUCUCUACUCUGUCAAGUCAUUUGAGGAACUGAGACUCAAACCUCAGUUGCUGAAAGGUGUGUAUGCCAUGGGUUUCAACAGGCCCUCCAAGAUCCAGGAGAACGCUUUACCCAUGAUGCUCGCUGAACCACCUCAGAACCUGAUUGCCCAAUCCCAGUCUGGCACGGGCAAGACAGCUGCCUUCGUCCUGGCCAUGCUCAGUCAUGUUGACCCCAACAACAAGUGGCCCCAGUGCCUGUGUGUGUCACCCACCUAUGAGCUGGCCCUGCAGACUGGCAAGGUCAUCGAGCAGAUGGGGAAGUUCUACCCUGAGGUUCAGCUGGUCUACGCUAUCAGAGGCAACAAACUACAGAGAGGAGUCAAGCUGCAGGAGCAGGUCGUCAUAGGAACCCCCGGCACGAUGCUGGACUGGUGCCUCAAGUUCAAGUUCAUCGACCCCAAGAAGAUCAAGGUGUUUGUUCUGGACGAGGCUGAUGUGAUGAUCGCCACACAGGGUCACCAGGACCAGAGCAUCCGCAUCCAGAGGAUGCUGCCCAAGGUCUGCCAGAUGCUGCUGUUCUCUGCCACUUUCGAGGAGACGGUGUGGAACUUUGCCCAGCGGAUCGUCCCCGACCCCAACAUCAUCAAGCUGAAGCGCGAGGAGGAGACCCUGGACACCAUCAAGCAGUACUACGUCCUCUGCAACAGCAAGGAGGAGAAGUUUGUAGCCCUCUGCAACAUCUACGGAGCCAUCACUAUCGCUCAGGCUAUGAUCUUCUGUCAUACCAGGAAGACUGCCGGCUGGCUGGCUGGGGAGCUGUCCAGGGAGGGCCACCAGGUGGCGCUGCUUAGUGGAGAGAUGCAGGUGGAGCAGAGGGCCGCCGUCAUCGACCGCUUCCGCGACGGCAAGGAGAAGGUGCUGGUGACCACCAACGUCUGUGCCAGAGGUAUCGAUGUGGAGCAGGUCUCUGUGGUAAUCAACUUUGACCUGCCGGUGGACCGGGAUGGUAACCCAGACAACGAAACAUACCUGCACCGGAUUGGACGUACGGGCCGCUUUGGGAAAAGGGGGCUGGCCAUCAACAUGGUGGACAGCAAGUUCAGUAUGAACAUUCUUAACCGGAUCCAGGAUCACUUCAACAAGAAGAUUGAGAAACUGGACACAGACGAUCUGGAUGAAAUUGAGAAAAUUGCGAGCUAAAGUGGAAUUCUGCGACCACAACUUUUAGGUUCCCCCCCAGACUGGAUAGUGUUUUACUCUUUUAUUACUGGGAGACGACCGAUGCCACACACACACAUAUGGACAUGUCCUCCUGUACCUCCUUGUUUGAUUGUUUUAAUCUCUGAAACGUGUCUUUCACUCUUUGUGCUUCUUAAUAAAAUAUGUGCUCUUUA